AGUGCUGCAGGUGCGCACAUUAGAAUUUUCAUUUUCCGAGUUUGGAAUAUUGUAAUAAACACAACUUACUUCUGUUUUUUGUUUUUUUUUUAAUAAAAAUUUGAGUGUGAGAAAAUUAAUUUUACCUAUCAUCAUGUCCCAUACGGCACGUGUGCGUAUCGCAAAGUCACAUGAAUGUAAUGUCUAUGGCAAAUCGGCAAAACUUCGUUCGAAAUCUGCAAAUCCGCCAGCGGCACACCCUUUUGUAAAUUAUUCAGUGCAACGAGCGCGUUGUGUGCCACCAUUUUCAGUGCAAUCGUUGCAAAAAAAUACCGUUGUUGUGCAUGGUCCAAUUGAGGAGCCGCCCGCGCCGGCUAGUGCACGCGGAAAAGUGAAUAUGAAAAGAUUUAGUAAAAAUGGCAAAAGGAAAGGCAUAUCCACAUUGGAGUUGGAUUUAAGUGGCAAUAACAUAGUUGGCAACGCCACUCACAGACGUCCAACGACAACAUUUCGCAUGUAUUUUGAUCGUGGCGAUCUGCCCAUUAAAAUGGAAUAUUUAUGUGGCGGCGAUAAAAUUGGUUGGACGGUGGAUAUCGACAAACUUGACUACAGCCUCUACUUGCCACUUUUCUUUGAUGGUCUUUCGGAGACCCAACACCCCUACAAGACUUAUGCACGUCAAGGUGUCUCCGAUUUAUUAGUUGCUGGUGGCGAGAAAAUUCAUCCUGUUGUACCGCAAUUAAUAUUACCACUUAAAAAUGCGCUUAGUACACGUAAUUUGGAGGUUAUGUGCACCACUUUAAAAAUAAUCCAACAACUUGUUAUGUCAUCAGAUAUGGUUGGUCCAGCUUUGGUGCCUUUUUAUCGACAAUUACUGCCAAUGUUUAAUGCUUUUAAGGUGAAAAAUGUUAACUGCGGCGAUGAAAUCGACUAUGCACAGCGCACCAAUAUGAAUCUUGGCGAUCUCAUCGACGAGACACUGCAGGUAUUGGAAUUACAUGGUGGGGAAGAUGCUUUCAUAAAUAUUAAGUAUAUGGUACCUACCUAUGAAUCAUGUUAUUUGAAUUAAAUUGUUUUUAAAAUUAAUAUUUUGUUAUUUAUUUGAAAAAGA